UUCGGUCCGGCCCAUAAACAGGUCUACCCAGGCGCCAAUAUCCUUUCCAUGCGACUCACACUCCAUCAACACAUCCGACCUUAUUCCAGAAUUCAGAUCAGAUGGCCGCAACCGUGAUUUCUUCUCCGGUUUUCUUUUCGUUUGCCAACCUCCACUGCUCCAACAUCCCUCGAGCAAACCCCAAACCCUAUUUUCACGCCUUUCGCCUCUUCUCUCACUCUCUCAAUGGCUGGCACACCAUAAGCCCUAGAACCAGUAUUUGCCACGGAAAGCUUAAUGAUUGCUCGGGAGAAGAAUCGGGGGAGAUAGAGGAGACUUUCUUUGACGAUGAAGAUGCUGACGACGACAGUGAGGAAGAUGAGAUGGAAAGCAGCGUUGAUUUGCUAUUCAGGUUCCUUCGGAGCAUGUUCAGAAAUGUCUCCAAGAGAGCCAAGAAAGCUACACGUUCAAUUUUGCCUCCAGCGAUAUCGCCCCAGCUGGUUUAUUUUGCAGUGGAUGGAGUUCUUCUUUUGACUUCACUUUCUAUUGUCAAAGCAUUUCUUGAGGUGGUUUGCACUCUUGGAGGUACCGUCUUUGCUGUUAUUCUGCUGUUACGUGUGAUCUGGGCAAUGAUUUUUCAUUUCCAGUCAAGUGGAAGUAGUUUCAACCAAGGUGGAACCUCCUAUGGCACAACACAGCCUGCAACUUGAUUUUAUCACCGUUUCUAGAAGUUACUGGAUGCUUUCUGUAAUUCACAGGAGCAAAGAAACAAAGAAAAGCAAUCGAAGAAACUCCUCAUGUAGUAAUGUCUCAUCGAUCAAAGCUCAAAACUUGGUUACAUUAAGCUGGAUUGGUAGGCAUUACUCUGAUGAACCACUGAGAAGGCGAGAACGCUGCCAAUAGUGUUGCCAUGCUAUCCAUGUGUAUUACAAUUUUCAUCAUAUUACCUGUUUUUGAUCGCUAUCCAUCAUGUAUGCGUUGCCUUCCUUCCUCUGUAAAUGCCUUGUGAAAUGGAAUAAUUUCGUUGUAGUUUUACAUGUAAAUAACUGAGUCGCUAUUGUCAUAUGAAAUUCAUUCCUUGUUGUUAAGUGAAA